AUUUUUAUUUUAAUACGUCCGUUAUUUGUUUUUUCCGUCUCUCCCCCUCUCUCUGUCUUAUGAAACUGGAUCGAUUUUGAUUUCUCCUCUCCUGAGAAAAAACCUUCCAUUUCCUACGACUUCCCUAGUUCCUUGGUAGCAAAACCCUAGUUUGCUGCCAAGGCCAAAUUCAUUUUCAUUGAAUCUCAAUUCAGCAACAUCUCAAUUCGGUUUCGAAGGGUCCCAAGACCAUGUUUUGACUACAAACCCUAACCGUUCCUCCUUCCGAUCCAACGAUGCCGAACAAGUUCAUUCAUACAUUUUUCGAAGGCAAUAAAAGUCUCAAGGCAAAAGAAUCAGAUCUUCUUUCCUUUACAGGUAUCGCCCGGCUCGGUCUAAUUUUCAUGCAUUACGACAUCUGUUUGAUGAUACACUCGAUGUGAAUUUUGCAUCUGCUGAAAGCCAAACGUUCGUGUUUCGGUGCGGGUAAGCUGGCCCGGACACCUGAGUUAUAAAAAGAAACACGCUCGUUUUUUUGGGUUAGAAGUUGUUUUUUGAGUGACCCUGUAGAUUACUUAUAGAGGAUGCAAAAGUGAGAGAGGGUUUUUGGGUGGGUAAUUCAAUAAGUCAAAUACGCUUUUUUCGUUGUCCUUUGAUUGGAAUUAGGUAAAGGAAAUGGCAAGGAGUAGAGGGUGGAGGGAGGAACAAGAGAAGUCUCCGGGUUCGAUAACUAAGGACUCCUCCAUUGGACUUUUGAGGCUUAUUAUAGUUUUGAUCAUAUUUGUUGCGGGUGUGGUUAUUGGGUUGAGUUCGAGUUCGCAUAUUGAUCGGCAUUUUAGCUUACCGGAAGAUCAAUUGUACAAGAAUUAUGCAAUGGCUCCUAUGCCGGCUAGUACUACCAGUAUUAAGAACUGUAGCGUUGUUUCGAAAUGCGAGAAGGAGGAUUGCUUAAGCAUGGAUAGCUUUCUUAGUCCAAAGAAUCUGACGCAUGGUAUGUCAGACGACCAGCUGUUUUGGAGAGCUUCUUUGAUGCCGAAGAAGGCAGAGUACCCUUAUGAUAGAGUGCCUAAAGUGGCGUUUAUGUUCUUGACAAGGGGUCCGCUUCCAAUGUUGCCGUUGUGGGAGAGGUUCUUUAAGGGCCACGAGAAGCUAUUUUCGAUCUAUGUGCAUGCACUCCCAGGAUACGAGCUUAAUGUAUCGAAUACAUCUGCUUUUUAUGGACGUCAAAUCCCUAGUCAGCAUGUUGAAUGGGGGACGGUAUCAUUGUUUGAUGCAGAGAGGCGGCUUCUAGCCAAUGCUCUGCUCGAUUUCUCCAACGAGCGGUUUGUGCUUCUCUCAGAGAGCUGCAUUCCCAUUCAGAACUUCCCCACUGUGUACCAGUACCUCACCAGAUCCUCCCACAGUUUCGUGGAGUCAUACUAUAAUCCCUCCAAAGAUGUGCGGGGCAGAUACAGCCGUUGGAUGUGGCCCACUAUUAGACCGUCAGACUGGCGGAAAGGGUCCCAGUGGUUCGAAGUCAACCGUGUUUUGGCUGCUAUAAUAGUCUCAGAUACCAAGUACUACUCCAUUUUUAGAAAGUAUUGUACACCCUCUUGCUACCCGGAUGAGCACUACAUUCCGACUUUCCUCCACUUGUUCUAUGGAUCCCUUAAUGCGAACCGGACCGUGACGUGGGUUGAUUGGUCAAUUAGGUCCCCACAUCCAGCGGCCUUUGGGAAAGCAAAUGUUACUGAACAUUUUGUACAGUUGUUAAGGAAUAAUGGGACUUUAUGUUCGUAUAAUUCGGUGAAAACAUCUGUUUGCUACCUAUUUGCUAGGAAGUUUGAACCUAGUGCACUGGAGUCCUUGCUCAACCUCAGCCCAUCAGUGAUGAAAUUUUGAGACUUUAUUUUGGGAGAGAAUGUUUUUCGUUUUCAACUUUUCUUGCAGUCACCCCAUAUUUUUUGGUAGGGAUUUUUGUGUACCAUUGUAUGUUUUGGUGGUUUGUCAGUUACAACGUACAGGACAUCAGGUAGACAAUUGUGUUUCCUCAACCACAUUGGGAGGAUUGCUUAUUUUGGCUGAAACUCUGGUAGAGAAAUCUAAACAAUUUCAGAAGAAGGAAAACUUCAAUGCCAUUGCCAAGUUCCAUUUUGUGAA